UAGGUGGGGUGUGACACACCCCAGUCCUCGAUAAUUCAAAAUUAUUUGAAAACUAUAAAAGCGCGGCAGUACAUGUUCUGAGUAGCUGGAGAUGCGAUGUUGCCGCUUCGAUUAGCGCAUUUACGUUAGUCCGGUGACUGCCGCCAAGCUAGUUACGCGCGUUUUAAGUGCGCAUGGGCAUCACAUACCCCACCUCGUUCAGCGCGUCGUUAUAAAGAUUUCAAUUUAUAAAAGAAUAUGUCUAAAUUGACAGACUCAGAUAUAUUAAGAGCACUUUUAGAUGAAACAAAUGAGUUUGAGUCACAAAAUGAGAAUUUUGAGGAAGAAUCUGAAAAUGACUCCGAUCAUUUGAGCAUCCAAAGUGAUACAAAUAGCGAAUUUGAAGCUGAGUUGCCUUGUUCAGAGUCGGGCAGUGAUGACGAUAUACCACUUUCGGAACUACGCCAAAAUAGAACUUCAUAUUAUACAGGUAAAGAUGGAGUUACAAAAUGGCAAAAAGAGCAAUACAGAAGUAAUAUUCGGAGUAGAACUGAAAAUAUUAUAACUCAUUUACCCGGUGUGAAAACGGUUGCUAGAAACAAGAUGUCACCUCUUCAGUGUUUUGAGUUGUUUAUCACUGACGAAAUGAUUGACGUGAUUGUGAAUUGUACGAAUGAAAAAAUACGCAUGCAAACUAUUAGUGAUCAUGAAAAACUUGAAACCACAAAGGAGGAGAUGAAAGCUCUUUUCGGGUUACUCUUUAUAUCAGGUUUAGUACGUUCUGGUCGUCAAAGUACAAUAGAUUUAUGGUCCACUGAUGGCACUGGGAUGGACAUUUUUCGCGAUACAAUGAGUCGAAAUAGAUUUGGUUUUUUAUUGAACAACCUAAGAUUUGAUAGUACAGCCACAAGAAGUGAGAGAAUUCAGACAGAUCGAUUAGCUCCAAUAAGAAAUAUUUUUGUACUUUUUAUAAAAAAAUGUCAAGAUGCUUAUAUUCCGCAUGAAAAUCUCACAAUAGAUGAAGAACUGGUUGCUUUUAGGGGAAGAUGUUCUUUCCGUCAAUAUAUACCUUCAAAACCUGCUAAAUAUGGUAUAAAAAUUUAUUCUUUGGUUGACAGCAAGACAUUUUAUACUUUGAACAUGGAAAUAUAUUGCGGAAAACAGCCUGAAAAUAGUCCUUUUGCUGUAAGUAACAAGCCUUAUGAUCUGGUGGAUCGAUUGGUACAAUGCGUAUCACGAUCAUCCCGGAAUGUUACCAUGGAUAACUUUUUUACCAGUUAUGAAACUACAGAAAAUUUACUAAAAAAUCAUAAGCUUACGGUAGUUGGAACUUUACGCGCUAAUAAAACUUGUAUUCCGCCAGUUUUCAAGAAAAAUCGUGAAGUAAAUUCAUCAAUGUUCGGAUUUCAAAAAGAUAUUACCAUAGUAUCUUACGUUCCAAGGCCACGUAAAAUGGUAUAUCUGAUGUCUUCAUUACAUCAUGACAAAGAAAUUGAUUCUGCAACUGGAAACAAACAAAAACCUGCUGUGAUAACGUUUUAUAAUCACACCAAAAGCGGUGUUGAUAUGGUUGACAAGUUAAGUAGAACUUAUGAUGUAUCACGGAAUUCUAAACGUUGGCCACUGACGAUAUUUUUUGCUUUACUCAACCAUGCCGGAAUAAAUGGUAUGAUUAUACAUAUGUUCAACAACGGAAUAGAGAAAAAUAAAACAAAUUUAAGAGGAAAGUUCAUUCGUGAAUUAGGCAUUUCUUUAGUAAAAGAACACUUGAAUACAAGAAGACAAAAUCAAAAACUUCCAAAAGACCUGCGUACCAGAAUAUCUAGAUAUUUUGGGAAUCCAUCUGAAAAUUUAUCAGAGCCUCCUGCAAAAAAGCCCAAUACGAUGCAGAGGUGUUCAAAAUGUCCUCGAAAAAAAGAUAGAAAAACCAAAUACUCGUGUAAAAAAUGUUACACGCCAAUAUGUAUGGAGCAUGCUGAUUUUUUUUGUCAAGAGUGCGGCAAUUUUGAUACCAAUGAUCUCAAUUAA